AUGGCGCCGUCCUUCUCGGGCUCCAACAAGCGCCCUCUCGAGAUGGUCGUCUACGCCGCCGCCGCCGCUGCCGCCAACGCGCGGGACGACGACGAGGAGACCUCUGCCUCCACGUCGACGUCCCCCAACGCCGCCGCCCUGUUCCUGCUCGCGGCAUCGGCACCACCGCCAUUCGGCGACUUGGAGCCCAUCAGCGCCGUCCCGAUUUCCGCCGUCCCGCCUCAGCUGCCGCCUCACCCGUGGACGACGCGGUCGCCCGUUGCCGGCAGGGAAGAGCCGCCGUGCCUGCGCAGGCAUUUCCUCCUGGCUCUGGGCCUGCGCGCCGACCUGCCCGUGCACUUCAUCGACGCAAAGUGCUUGACGGCCACCGACCUGGACCCUCACCAGAACCGGCUGCGGAUCCCGAGAGACGGCACCAUUCACCGCCUCCGCCCGCUCCUGACCCCCGCCGAGCUCCACGACGCCAACCUGUUCUUCCUCCCAGACCCAGCCCCGAAACCGAAACGGAGGUCAGCUGGCAAGCAGCAGCAGCAGCAGCAGCAGUCGGCGGCGGAAGCGGAACCGCAGAACGACGGCGCCUCGGCCUCCUCCAGCGCCGCCGCCGAGACCGAGACCAAGAAGAUCAAGAAACCCAAGGCCAAGGGGAAAGUGCACGGCGGGCUGCGCGUGAGGCUGGUGAACCUCGACGCCGGCGCCAAGGACCUGCUGCUGUCGCGGUGGGAGAGCAGCCGCGGCACCAUCGUCAAGGGAGAAGGGUACCUCGACUUCAUCCGCGACCAGUGCGGCUUCAAGGCGAAGGACGCCGUCGAGGUCUGGGCCUUCGUGCAGCGCCGGUUCCGCAUCUUCGGCAUCUUCGGCGACAGCCUCCUGCAUGUACUCAUCGUCAAGAAAGACGACGAGCAGCCGCAACGGUGCCGCUACUGCCGCCACCCACCUGCACCCGCUGCCAAUCCUUCGAUCAUGAGCUCGUGA